AGUAGUAGUAGUAGUACGACUGGUAUGCUCGGUAGUCCUGUUAUCCAACGACCGACAAAACAGGCAGCGAUAAUGAAACCUAGCAGCAGUACUCGUACCCCGACAAUGAAAAGACGAUCGGCGACCUUGUCAGACACAGUUGAAGAGUCGACACAUUCAUUAUUUUCAAACUUUUUAUUUGGUGAGCCGAGUAAUCGAGGUAAUACAAGCACAUCUGCAGGAUCUUUACAGUAUGAGCGAACCGCUAGAGGACAAUGGAUCCAGGACCAUAUACCAUUAGAUCGAAGGUUUUCAAAUGACAGCGGUUUGGUAUGGACAAAUGGCUGGACAGCAUCUUCAGUAUUAUCUGACAAUGUACACGGUAAACUGUUUGGAGAUGCCUUGGUAAUGUUGAAUUCCUUCCGAUACAAAUAUUAAAUCAACAAUAUAAUAUAACAUAAUAGCAAUAAUAGCAAUAAUCAUAAUCAUAAUUAUCAUCAACAUAAUAAUAGCCAUAACAAUAUUAAUAUUAAUAAUAAAAACAGUUAAUAAUUACUGUUAAAAAAAAAGAUAGAAAGUUACUUUAUU